GAUGGGUCGGGUCGGUUCUUCGGGUACUCGGUUCACCGGUUCUGCGCCCCCGAACCGGAACCGUUUUCGGGUACUGAAAAGAUCGGUUCUUCAAAGAUAAGGGGUGAAGGUUCAUUUUCACAACACUUCAAAUUUAAAGCACAACCGUUCGGCAUAAUUGUUAAGGCGUGUUUUAGCUCACAGUGUUUUAUUUAAUGGUGUUUUCUAUUAUAAACUGUAUGAAUAUUUAUAAUAAAUAGGUAAAUAAAACAUUCCGCAUAUCUAAAAUAGGGAGACGUUACCGUACGUACAUACCUCAGGCGUGACAAUGCGCUUAAGAAAAUGGAUGUAUUCACAUCCAUAACUAUGUUCUAUAUUAUAUUUAGUGCCGGGAUCACUUUAUUCUGUAUGUAAAUGUAGGACAAUACAGAUAAUUGAAAAAAUUUCCGUCUUGGUCAUACUGUUAUUUACGUUUAGUUAAUAUUGCGCGGCUACAGCUACGCUGCCAUGUUUUUGUAAACAUUGUGACCAAUUUGCCAUAUGGAUUACAUAACUUAUACGUUUUAAUAAUAAUUAACGGUAAACGUUAUUUUAGCAUUCCAGAAUUAAAACAUAAUGUUUUAAAUGUAAUUAAAAAUUAAAGUAAACAAUUAACACCCUUUUAGGUGUUACUUUAACAUGAUACUUAUUUUACAGUAAUUUUUAUUUUACAGUAAUUUUAUUUUACAGUAAUUCGAUUAUACCGGGAGGUUGGUACACAGCCAGAACUUAGAUGUUUUGUUUUGGCUACGGUCGUGGUUUGGAGGAUAAAUACUUUGUGUUAUUGGCACGUGAAUUAAUAAAGGAAUAUUUUCAGCUUUGUGCAUGCGGAGUUUAUUUCGUUGCGGUAAUGUCGUCUGUGUGGGAACAUUUUGUUCUUGAUCCAGACGAGAAGUUUGCUAUAUGCGAACAUUGUGGAGCUAGAAUUUCUAGAGGUGUAUGGAAAUCUACGUCAAAUUUAAUUAAACAUCUUCGCGGUCAACACAGUGACAAAUAUAGUAAUGAAAAACAAGACAAAAAUAAAAGAAAUGCGCCACCUUCACAACAGAGUCUUAGUAAAUUGUUUAAGUCACAUGGUGACAUAACCUCUUCUGAGGCAGGUGAGAAUUCAAAUUCAGCAAAGGAACAAUUUUCUGCAUCUACUUAUUCAUCAUUGCCUUCAACCGCAUCAACUUCAGGUGUUGUAUCACGAGGACCUACCAAGUGUAGGCCUAAAGUGUAUAUGAGCUCUAGGCAACAAACAAUAACAGAUAGUUUUGACAAGCAAACCAAAUUUCCUCGUGGAGACAAGCGGCAAACAGACAUUGUAAAGUUGAUUGCCAAAAUGAUUUGUGUAGAUGGGCAGCCAAUUUCUGUCAUAGAAAACAGAGGUUUCAAGGAACUGGUGAACCAUUUAGAACCUCGUUUUUCAAUGCCUUCUCGUAAAAGUUUGGCAAAUGAAGUCAUUCCUCAGAUGUACAAUGAUGUUCUGAAUGAAGUUAAGGACAAAUUGAGCAUAGAGGAAUAUGUUGCCUUAACCACAGAUCUAUGGACAUCGGUAUCCAAUGAUGAUUAUUUGAGCUUGACAGUUCAUUAUUUAGAUCAAAAUUUUAUUUGGCAUCACCUGUGUGUGGAAGUUGUGCCAUUUCCAGAAGUAAGCCACACUGCUGAUAAUAUUUGUUCAUUCAUAACAGAGGUGUUGGCAGAUUGGCAACUUUCAGAAAAAGUGGUGGCAAUUCUGAGAGACAAUGGCCGUAACAUAACAGCAGGUCUGGAGCAGUCUGCAUUUGUUCAUGUAGCAUGUAUAGCACACACACUGCAGUUAGUGUUGAAGGAUGGCUUAUUAAGCCAUAAAAUUGUUACCAACUUGUUGCCUCAAUGUAGGAGGCUUGUAGGUCACUUCAAGCACUCAGCACGUGCUACGAAGAUAUUAAAACAGUGCCAAACAACAGCUAGUGUACCUCAGCAUAGGCUUAUCCAGGAUGAGCCUACACGCUGGAAUAGCACGUUGCACAUGCUAAAAAGGCUACAGGAGCAGAAAAGGGCUAUUUUGUUGUCAAGUGGAGAGCUGAAUUUACCAGAACUGACAGGCCAGCAGUGGACACUGAUUGAAAACUUAAUUCCUAUCUUGGAUGUUUUUUAUUCUGCGACACUCCAAGUCAGCUCACCAAGUGUAACAGCUUCAGAGGUAUGUUGAAAUUAAAAUGGUUUGUCAGACAAAAUUGAAUGCCAUAGGAUGAUGUAGGCCUAAUUUUUUUUUUUUCAAAUAUAUUUUUGCAGGUUAUUCCAUUAGUUCAUGUCCUAGAUAAUGAGCUUCAGAAAGAUGCACCAGUUGGAUCGGGUCUUCAAGGGGUGAAAAAUGACCUGUUGGCCUCACUGAAAAUAAGGUACAUGGAAAUGGAGGACGAUAAACUACUGGCAUCUGCAACUCUACUAGAUCCCAGAUUUAAAACCAACCCUUUUCGAAAUGUACAAAAAAUGAAGAUUGCAAAAACUUUAUUGCUGCUUGAAGCAAAGCAGCUUCUGAAAACAGAUGACAGUUGUGAGACAGCCACAAAUGAAUCUGCCUUCCAGCCAACUACUAGUACAAGCAGCAUGGACAUGUGGUCUCGAUAUAGUGAUCUGUUUAGCAAAUCCUCCGAGGAAAAAAGGACUGACGGCACCAUUGAAAAUGAAUUCAGUCUAUUUUUUUCUGAAAAUACUUCACCAGCCAACACCAACAUAUUCGAAUACUGGAAAAAUUGCAAAACAUUUCCAACUAUGAGAAUACUUGCUAGAAAGUACCUGUGUGUGCCACCUUCCACAGUAUUUAGUGAAAGGCUUUUUAGCACUGCAGCAUACAUUUGUGAUAAAAAACGCAAUCGCUUGGAUCCUGAUAGGGUCAAAAUGCUUGUUUUCUUAAACAAAAAUCUUAAGUGAUUCAUUUCAUUCAAUUGAGCAUGAUAAUUUCCUAUGUAAUUGAUAUCGGAAUAGACCAUUUUGUAUAAAAUACUCCCAAUGACUAAUGAGACAUUAAAAUCAGAGUUGUUACGAUACCCUGAUACCAGCAUUUUAUAUUUUUAGUAUUUUUACAUGCCAAUACUAUUGUGCAGUAAUGUAAAUAAAUAAAAAAAA